GAAAAUUCAAAGUGAGAUCUGAAAGACAAAAAAAAUAAAAUCCAACAAAUCUUAUCCUCUGAUCGCUCACGAUUCCUCCUGAAUUCUCCAUUAACAUUCACAGAGAAAAUGAUCCGAUUCAUACUAUUGCAGAACAGACAAGGUAAGACUCGUCUUGCCAAAUACUAUGUUCCACUCGAAGAAUCAGAGAAACACAAGGUCGAAUACGAGGUUCAUAGGUUAGUGGUGAAUCGCGAUGCAAAAUUCACCAACUUUGUCGAGUUUAGAACACACAAGGUAAUAUACAGGCGUUAUGCUGGAUUGUUUUUCUCUGUGUGCGUGGAUAUAACCGACAAUGAGUUGGCUUACCUGGAGAGUAUCCAUUUGUUUGUGGAGAUAUUGGACCAUUUCUUCAGCAAUGUCUGUGAGCUAGAUUUGGUGUUUAAUUUCCACAAGGUGUAUCUGAUACUCGAUGAAUUCAUUCUUGCUGGGGAGCUCCAAGAAACAAGCAAAAGGGCGAUCAUCGAAAGGAUGUCAGAACUCGAGAAGUUGGAGUAAUGAUGGUUAAUGCGUGCUAGUCCAUCUGUUUUUCUCUUUUUCUUUCGUGGCGUGUCUGGAGCUUAGCGAUGCUUUGAUGAGUUGAAGACAAUGUUGGUGUCAAAGAUUGUGAAUGUUAUAGGAAUGAUUCUGCUGUUUUCAAUCAUCCAAAAUUUGUUUAUCUGUCUGUGAUUUUCGUUUCAACUAGUGAGGUUACUAUUUAUCGCAGACAUUGAAUUCUGUAUAAAAUCUUUGUUUCGCAGAACUUUUGGUAUCA